AGUUCUGCAGCAAAAUGAAGGAACGCAACGAACUCGACAAAAUGAUGGGCAAAAUGCUGGCCAUCAAAGAAAUGGAACAUCAUCUGAGCAGUCGUCGCAGCAGCGUUUAUGUUGAUCCCGAAUGUGAUAAAUUUUUUGAGCUGCCCCAAUUUAUGGGGGUCAGCACAAAUGACAUAACGACAAAAUGUCAAUGUUUUCAAUUUAGUCCAGGCAAAGAACCAGCCUUGCGUUCAUUUACCGAAAUCAAACAGCUGCUCGACCAAGGCAAAAAACGUGAAGUGAAAAGUAUUUUACGUGAAAAUUCAUGGCCCAUUAAUUCACCGAUACGAUCACAAUUAUGGCCAGCACUGUGUGCCCAACACAAUACGAAACCACAAAUGGUUGAGGGUUUCUAUUGGGAGAUGGUUCAUCAGGUUUUCGGUACCACAGAACUAUCGGAAAAGCCCAUUAUGUUACCAGCAUUUGUUGAUGCAACCCAUUGCCUGCCGUAUCAUUUAACGCGUACCGGUCGAGCGGUAGCCGAUCGUAUUGUUAAUGUAUUGGGUUAUGAUUGUCCAGAUAUUACUUACAGUCCAGUAUUGUAUCCAAUUGUAUCGAUCUUAUUGCAUUUUAUGUCGGAAGAAGAAGCAUACCAUUGUUUGGCCGCCCUGGUGGGUAGCAAGGACAAAGUUUUCAUAAAUCAAACCAAAUUAUUGCAUGAAGUUACAUGGAAAACAGUUAUGCAAAUUGCCAAAAAACAUACGAAAAAUGCCGUUUCAUAUUUUCAACGUAUCUGUCCUGGCGUUAAGCUGGAACGUGUUUUUAUGGAUUGGUGCUGGUGGAUAUUAGCUGGUCUACCCUUCCAGCAUUUAGUACGCAUUAUGGAUUGUUUCUUUCAUGAAGGCAUUAAAGUUCUUUAUCGCAUUGCCUUGGUCAUUAUCAAUUUAUUCCAUAAGGAAUGUCAAUCGAACAACGAAUGGAGUCCAGAUAAUAUUAAAAAUGACAUUGGCAAUGCUUUAAUAAAAUUCUGCAAAAAAAUCCCAGUAUCACCGGCCAAAUUAUUACAUGCCGCUUUUAGUAUUAGGGGACUAAGUUCCACAUAUAUUUCUAGAAUAUUUUUAAAGACUGAAAUGCUAUUGAAAAGCCGUUCCGUUUUAAAUACGGGUAAUAAAACAUUAGUUAAAUCGCGUUCCAGCGAUAAUUUACCAACAAGUCAAUCCCAAGUCAAUAUACAAAUGAUGUCACACACAUUAACCAUAAGAGAGUCACAUCACACCGAAACUUGUCGGAACUUGGGUGAAAAAUCACCCGGCCAUCGUGCCAUUGCCAUGGGUGUCUAUCCCAUACAUCAGUUGAAAUCUUUAGUCUGUGCAAACGAGGAUUUGUUUACCUUAUGGUCAUGGCUUCCUGUGCGAAUAACAAUGUAUCAACCCGUCUUAUUGUAUACCACCGAGGAACAUGGCUGCUCCUUGACAACUUUCUAUGUUCGCGUUGAACAGCAUGAACCGACACUGAUGAUGAUAAAAACGUGCAAUAAUGAGGUCUUUGGAGCCUAUUGUUCAUCCCGUUGGUUCGAACGUAAUGUUAAAGAUGACAAAGGCCAACGACAGGCCUACUUUGGUACGGGUGAAACAUUCUUAUUCUCUCUAUAUCCCGAAAGAGCCAAAUAUCCAUGGGUGGGUAUUGAAAAUGACAAAGAUUUGGGACAUGCUUCAGAAUUGUUUAUGGCGGCCGAUUCGAAAAUGAUUACCAUUGGAGGAGGUGAGGGCCAAGCUAUUUGGAUGGAUGAAAAUAUACGCUUUGGCAAAACCGAUAGCUGUAAAACAUUCAACAAUCCACCGCUGUGUCCGUCGGGUGAUUUUGAAAUACGUGUCCUUGAAGUCUAUGGUUUUGUGGGUGUUUAAGACCUCAACUACUCCAUGGAGUAUUGA